CCUGCGCUCGCCGGAUACCUAACCGCUGCGUUAUCCUCGACCCGCCAUUCGCUUUCGGCUACCCGACCCUUUCUGAUUCGAGAUUUCUACAUACAACCAUCCCGACGUCUGGCCUGUCGCAAUUCGCCCUCGAGGCUCAAGGUUCUUACUUACAGCGAGCCUUGAAUGGGGGGAGGAACUGCCGGCGCAGCCGACAGUCAGGCUGCUGCUACUUCGGCGGCUGCGAUGGCGGCUGCGAUGGCGGCUGCCGACCCAGCGGCCCCGCUUGCGCCUGCGCUACAAGUCAUUGUUUUGGGUUCCGGCGGAGGCCCCUUGGAGAACAACGUCACUGCAUUCCUCGUGCGUUCGCUCGCAUCAGGCUGGACUAAGGGCUCCGUCGUUGCGGUCGAUGCCGGUGUCCAUCUAAGUGCCAUCGUAAAGAUUCUAGAGAAAACACAACCGCAGCAACUCGGCGAGGCUGAUGGCCCCUCACUUCCACAUGUCCUCACCACUGGCCCCUUUGCGGGGCUCGAGGUCUGCAACGCCAGCGCAGAGGCAAACGCUGCCCACAUUCACAGGGACCUUAUAGACGGGUACCUGAUUACCCACCCACACCUGGACCAUAUUGCCGGCUUCGUGAUCAACACAGCAGGCUUGCCAGGCGCCCGCCCCAAGAAGCUUGCCGGACUUCCGACCACCGUCAAUGCGUUCAAGAACCACAUCUUCAACAACAUUAUAUGGCCAAAUCUGAGCGACGAAAACAAUGGCGCCGGCCUGGUGACAUACAUGCGUCUAGUUGAAGGUGGCUCCCCCGCCCUCGGCAAGGGCGAGGGAAAAGGCUAUCUCGAAGUCUGUGACGGCCUGGCUGUGAAGGUCUGGAGCGUCAGCCAUGGACACUGCAUCGAGAGACACAGCCACCGCGGUAGCAGCGGCAGCGUUCGCCACGGCAGUUUUGAUGCCUCCUCCGCGGGCAUAGGCGGGGACCCCCGGGCCAUACUCACUCCAGCCCGAGGCGUGUCACAUCACCACUCGAUGCCGCCCAACCUCGGCGCCUUUCUCCAGGAUCGCAUGCAGGGUGGCCAAGGCGGCAUAUUGUCGGGAGGCCAAACAAGCAGGCGGGGCAGCGGCUUCUCAGGCGUACAAGCUCCCGACGAGUCAGUCUGCGUGUACGACAGCUCGGCAUACUUCAUCCGGGACGUGACCACAGGGCGCGAGAUUCUCAUCUUUGGCGACGUGGAGCCGGACAGCGUCAGUCUAUCCCCGCGCAACCGGCAAGUCUGGCAGGAGGCAGGGCCCAAGAUCGCAGCCGGAAAACUUGUCGCCAUCUUUAUCGAGUGCAGCUAUGACGACUCGCAGUGUGUCGACCGCCUGUUUGGCCAUCUAACUCCACGAUAUAUCAUCGAAGAGCUGACCGCCCUAGCGGAGGAGGUAGUCGCUGCGCGGCAGGUCACGGCGGAGCAGACGGAAAAGCCCAGUGCCGCCGCCGCCGCCGCCGCCGCCGCCGGCGACAACAAGAAGCGCAAGCGAGCAGACACGGGCGACGACAACAACAACGGGGGACUUGCCCUGCCCAAGCGCAGACCAACCCCCCAGCCAAGGGAGCGUGAGCCCCGCGGCCGCAGAUCCGACGACCACCCCAUCUCACCCAAAUCGCUACACCCCAAACAGCGCGUCAGCUCCAGCUCCAGCUCCCACGGCCGCGACACCACCACCACCACCACCACCACCACCGCCCUCAGCCAAAGCCAAAGCCACAGCCACAGCACCAGCCCCCCGACCUCCGUCCCCAUGCCUAUGCCACUGCCCAUCUACCCUCCGCCCAGCGGCUCUCCUUCUGGCUCUAACCCGCCAACCUCAAUAGCAGAGUCAGACCCGCAGCAGCACCCGGAAGAAGGAGAAGAAAGCGGCCGUGGUCUGUCUCUGUCCCAGUCACAACACGACGAUGACAUGAUGACCAGCCCCACAACCCCGCUUAGUACUAACCUGAGCUCCUUCACCCACCCCAACCCGCCGCUUGUCUCGUCCUUGCAUAACGCGCUUGAGGGGCUUAAAGUGGUGAUCAUACAUGUCAAGGAGAAGUUGGAUGGUGGUGGGACGCCGCCUGCGGGAGAGGUUAUUUUUGAGGAGUUGGGAAGGCAUGAGAAGGAGGGGGUUGGGUUGGGGUGUGAGUUUGUGUUGAGUCGAGCGGGGGAGGAUUUUAUUUUGUGAUGGUUUGGUUUGGUUUGGUUUUGGACUAGUUUCUGUUGGGUGUAUUACUAGUAUAUGGGUGUUUGUUUGGGCAAGGUGUUUCAGCAGGAUCAGGUGUAGGCGGGCUUUGCGUUGGAGUGUUUGGCUUCCCGGUAUAGGAGGCUAUCUUGGGCUGGCUGUUAUGGGAUCUGGGUUUGUGGUGGCAUCCCACUUGGCCGUCAGGGGGUUUCACGGGGCGUAAUGUGCAGCGAUGUUUGCGCCGAUCUGGUUGGUUUGGAUGCUGUUGGGUUGGGUAAGGGACUCGGUUGUAUCUGGGUUAGAGGCAGGGCAUCCAGGCCCCUGAGCAGGGUGUUUGUGUGUGGUCAUUUCAUGGGAAGGCCGGGAUGCUAUGUAUGCAUUGUACGAUAUUGAUGACCGAGAACAAUUUUGAUAGGCCUGGUUGGUACAUUUGCUCUAAGCUGAUCAUGAAGAGAUAUCUUUUUGCAG